AUGGCGUUUGCUGGGACAAAUAUUAGUUUGUCCCAGCCGGAUAUCACGCAGAAACUAACGGAGCGCAUAGAUGACCUGAAGCAAAAAAUCGCUGCUUGGGGGAAGCGGAUUCGACGAUUUAGCGAGAGGUCAAGGCGGUUCAACCAGAAUCGUCUCUUUCAGAGUGAUCAGAAGAGGCUCUAUAAAUCAUUGGAGCGACUAGAGGUAUGUGGAGCGGGCCCAGGACCGGAUCAGGCUGACACUGUCGCAUUUUGGCGUGGCCUGUGGUCAGAACCCGUAAACCACAACGAGGGCCCAUGGAUGGAAGUUGUGGCGAGCCAGAGUGCGAGUGUUACGCCUAUGGACCCCGUCACCAUAACGCCAGAAGACGUGGCUGAGGUGGUCCGUAGGGCCCCGAACUGGAAAAGUCCGGGGCUCGACGGACUGCAUCAUUACUGGCUGAAGGGGUUUGUAGUGCGUCACGCUGUGCUCGCCCGACAGUUCCAAGAGGCUCUUAACCAGAAGUCGCUCCCGAGCCUCUUCACUACUGGGAUCACUCAUUUGGUUCCUAAAGAUCAGAAAACCGUUAAAGACCACGAAAUUGAAAACAUCCUCCAAUAUUGGCAGUCGUCGGAAGAGAGUAGCGAGGAUGACGAUUGCGAGGCGAGUCUUAAAGAUUACUAUUCUCAAGUUAUGGACACUGCUUUGGACAACAUGCAAGGUAUUUCGAAUGACGAUUUGUUGCAUAUACUUGAGAGUAGUCCUGCACAAGCACAACUGUUACAAGAAAAUGACCACUAUUUGUCAAAUUCAGACCAGGAGGUUCGGCAUGUCGACAAGAAAUAUAAAUCACAUCUUUUAUCGAAAUCUUUACUUGCUGAUGCAAUGCUAGGUCCAUCACAGGGCGACACAGAAGCUUCAUCUAAGUGUCCACCAAAGCGCACACUAUCUACUUUAAUAUGCAGGUGCAGAGAUUGCUUGUCUCAGCGUCCACCAGCACACGACACACCAGAACCUGUGGCCAGCACAUCACAGUUUUUGAAGACACCGGUACAUCUGGACAAUGCUGUUUCUGGUCAUUCCCAGCUUUCACCUAUGUCUCAGCGUCCACCAGCACACGACACACCAGAACCUGUGGCCAGAACGUCCCAGUUUUUGCAGACACCGGCACAUCUGGAAAAUGCUGUUUUUGGCCCUUCCCAGCUUUCACCAACGCUACCUGGUGCCAGGACAAUCUCACCCGAUGCUUCACCAGAAUAUACAUUUCCGUAUAACACCGCGACAACUUCAUCUCAACAUCUGCCGAAAUCUAAGUUUCCACAUACCAACAAAGAAAGUGUGUCUCAGAGUCUGGGAGAUUGUGAGCAAACUCCUGAGGUUAUAGUUGAACAAGAAGAGAUGGCCAUUUCCUUAGCUCCCGACGAUGAUCAACUUUGUGUGCUACUUGAGCCAACUUAUGCUGAAUUACAGACGAAGCAAAGAAAGUGGAGUACAAAAGUAGGUUACUUUGAAGAUCGUGAUUUUAGUAGACAGUUACAACCUACUACAAAACACGACAACAGAGGUACCCCAUUUGACCAUUUUAUGGAUAUGUUCCCUGAUGAAUUAUUUCAGCUCAUUGUCGAAAACACCAACAAGUAUGCGAUCUUAAAAGGCAGCCAGUUUUGGAAGGAUGUAGACAGUAAUGAAAUUAAGGCAUUCUUGGCUAUAGUGAUUCUUAUGGGAAUUGCCCCACAAUCAGAUAUCGAAUUAUACUGGAAUUCAGACCCAUUUUACAAUAAUCAGGAAAUAUCUAGAACAAUGCCUUGUAAAAGAUUUAAAAAAAUAUUAGAGAAUAUACACGUUUGCGAUAUUACUACUCAUUUACCACAAAAUCAUAAAGAUCAUGAUAAACUUCAAAAAAUAAGGCCAAUGUUGAACAUUUUAAAUAAAACUUUUCAAGAAAACGCUACCAAUUCUCAAUCACAAUCAAUUGAUGAAAGCAUGAUAAAGUUUAAAGGUCGUGAUUCCAAAAAACAGUAUAUGCCGGGUAAACCGAUUAAACGAGGGUACAAGGCGUGGUGUAGAUGUGAUGCGAAAACAGGAUACCUUUACCAAUGUGACAUCUAUACAGGUAAAGAUAAAAAUGCCGACAGUGAAGGACUGGGUUACAGAGUGGUGAAAAAUCUGUGUGUUAACGUACCAAAGGACACAUUGAUAGUCUUUGACAAUUUUUUUUCCUCUGUCGCUCUUUUGGAAUAUUUAUAUUACAAAGGAAUAUUUGCCAUUGGUACUGUUAGACUAUCACGAAAAGGACUUCCUGAAGAUUUUGUCAAAAAAGAAAGUAAGAAAGAACAACUACAACCAGGAGAAUUCACAUACAGAUACUGUCACCCUGUUGGGGUAGUUAAGUGGAAAGAUACUAAAGACGUGACCGUCCUUACAACAGCCGUAAACCCUAGAAAAAUAGAACUAAUAGAAAGAAGACAAAAGAAUGGCGAAAAGAAGAAAAUGUAUUGCCCAUCUGCUAUUGCUGAUUACACCCGAAACAUGGGUGGAGUUGAUCAUUUUGAUCAUUACCGUAGCUCAUACUCCAUUGGACGCAGAUCCAAAAAAACAUGGCCAAGAUUGUUUUGGUUUUUAUUUGAGUGUGCUGUAAUAAAUGCUUAUAUCAUAUAUCAACAUGAAAAUGAAACAAGGAAAAACAUACAUCGAGAUUUUCGUUUGCGUUUGGCCAGAAAAUUAAAGUCUGAGUACAUAAAUAUUCAAAAAGGCAACCCAAUAAUUUGGAAAAAUAAAAAAGGAGGAGUGUUUGGCGUCCCAGAUGAGUUAAGACUGGGUUACAAAGGGCAGCAUUACUUGGAACCCAUGACCACUAGAAAGAGGUGCAAAUUCUGUAGUACGAGACAGAAGGAUACCCGUUCGAAGUACAUGUGCCAAAUAUGUAAGGUGACUCUUUGUGUGUACCCCUGCAUGAUACAUUUUCACCAAACCUCAGAACAACAAUGUUGA